AUGCGGUCGGCCUUGUUGGUGUUGUUGAUCGCUCUGCUGUUAGAAUUGGUCGUUACCGAUGAAGAUUAUUACAAGAUCCUCGGAGUUGCAAAGGAUGCCGAUGAUCGAACAAUCCGAAAAGCAUUCAAGAAACUAGCCAUGCAAAAACAUCCUGAUAAAAACAAAGAUAAUCCAAAUGCUCAUGCAGAGUUCGUGAAAAUCAACAAGGCCUAUGAGGUUCUGAAGGAUGAGGACCUGCGAAAGCGAUACGAUCAGUAUGGAGAGAAAGGACUAGAAGAAGGUUUCCAGGGUGGUAAUAACUACCAGUCGUGGCAGUUCUACAACGAGAACUUCGGUGAGUUACUUAGGAUCUCACCACUCACUGAGUUGUGUUUUCUCUUUUUUUUGAGCACGUUUUACUCCUUUUUAUGCUUUCUUUCACUAACUCGGUGGCGUAAAUUCGCCAGAGCCAUGGAGGGAGUGGUUCGGAUCGGAGCCGUGAACUGUGCUGAAGAUAUUGUUCUUUGCCAGUCCCAAAAUGUGAACGCUUACCCAUCACUUGUACUCUACCCAUCGGGCGAAUUUUACAAUGGAGUACGUGAUUCUGAAUUAUUACAAGAAUUCGUAAUGCAGCGAGUGACAUCUGAGGUAAUCCAUCUGACUUCUGACAAUAUCGAGGCAUUAACAACAUCGUGGCAGCCGUACGACUCUCGACCAUGGAUCAUCGACUUUUGCGAUAGAAGUGACUCUUGUCUCAGUUCUAUCAACAGAAGAAAGUUGGCAACGAUGCUGGAUGGUCUCGUAAAUGUUGGAAGUAUCGACUGCACGUCUCGAGGAGGCAAAGAUUUAUGCGAUGUUUUAAAAGUGACCAGUGGUGUUAGGUACUACCCAACACAAAACGUAAACGUGGAACAGGAAAAGGUAAUAGCUGGUGAUGAAUGGUUGACAACUUUUUCAGGAGAAGACUCGGUCGAGUGGCCAACCGCCGUUUGGUUCGUGAACAAUAAGGAAACGCUCAAAGAACGAAAGGAUUACAAGAGAUUGCCACAGUUACUGCCGGAUAUUUUCUAUGCGGACUGUUCUCAAUUCAUGGAAGUUUGUCGAGAUCUGUUGGACAUUACCAAACUGCCACAAUUCGUUGUUUUCAAAACAACCGGUGGUCAUGAAAUUGACUACGUGAACAAACCAUCGUACCACGACGUCACUGCUUUUAUCAAGGAGUCUAUUGCUUCACCGUUGCAUGUUCUCAGUGUUGAAGAAUAUGAUUCUGCUUUGAGAAGUGGAGAGCUGUGGAUAAUCGAUUACUUCACUCCGUGGUGUCCUCCGUGUCUACGAUUAGUCUCCGAAUAUCGCCAAUUACACGCUGUUAUCGACCAAAAUGAUCAAGUGCUUUCAAAAAUCAAGUUGGGUCUCAUGGACUGCGUUAAAUACAGAAGUAUCUGCGAGAAAGCUGGGGUACAAAGUUAUCCCACUAGUGCUCUGCACACACAGGAUGGACGCGUUCACAAAUUUGUUGGAUAUCACUCGGUACAGUCAGUGCUGGAGAAUAUUAAUAAUGCUCUCAAUCCUGCCGUGGAUGAGUUGACACCAGCAGAUUUCGAACGCUUAGUUCAAAAUCGUGAAAGCGACAUCACCUGGGUUGUCGACUUCUUUGCACCUUGGUGUGGACCAUGCCAACAGCUUGCUCCGGAACUUCAUCGAGCAGCCCGGUCCCUUCGCCAGUACAGCGAACACGUUCACAUCGGAUCGAUCGACUGUCAAGCAUAUGGCGCAUUCUGUCGUGAACAGUCUGUGUUUUCCUAUCCAACCAUUCGUCUCUUCCCGGCCACUACCAAGCAACGGUGGCUUAAACAAUACUAUGAUUACCCCCAGAACAUGUGGAGAAAUUCGGACACUAUUGAACGAUGGGUUUUUGGCAUGUUACCAUCGUUAGUCACAUCUCUUGGAAACGACUUUUGGCAUGGGGUUUUGGAUUCUGACGAGCCUUGGCUGGUCGACUUCUUCGCUCCAUGGUGUGGACCUUGCAUUCAAUUUGCGCCGGUGUUCGAACAAGUUGCUAAGGCACUCGAAGGAAAAGUUAAACUUGGUAAAGUGGAUUGUGAUCAAUGGCCAGGCGUCUGUCGUGGAGCACAGGUAAGGCUUUUGAUUCAAGCCUAUCCAUCUAUUCGGUUUUAUAAAGGACAACACGAUGGGCGGCAACAAAGUGUAUGGGGUUUGCAACUGCAAACACGGGAUAAGGACGAGAUAGUCCGAUUAAUCUCCGAGCAGGUGGAAAUGCUCUCAGGUCACGACGAGCUGUAG